GAUGACUGGGGGUAUUUAAAGAGCUGUGCGACGCGCAUGCGUAGCAGCGUUGUGUAGCGGAACGCUUCUUAAGAUAAAGCUAUCGAAAAGUUUGUGUUGCUCGAUUUCAAACAAAGGUGAAACCCUGGGGGGUGGAGGAAUGACCUUAACCAAAUGAAAUAACUUGAUGGACUAGUUUGGGCAAAACAGCUGUCAGUCUAGCUUGCCUGCUUGACUGUUUCUGCAGUCUUUCAAGAUGGUCGAGGCUUUCGUUGGCACAUGGAACUUAAAGGACAGCAAGAAUUUCGAUGAGUACAUGAAAGCCAUCGGCGUGGGCUUUGCCACACGUCAGGUUGGCAGUAUGACCAAACCCACGACAAUUAUUUCCAUGGACGCCGACAUCAUUACGCUUAAGACCGUCAGCACUUUCAAAUCCACAGAAAUCAAUUUCAAACUGGGAGUGGAGUUCGAUGAGACCACUGCAGAUGACCGUAAAGUCAAGUCAAAACUAACACUGGAUGGGGAGAAGUUGGUUCAUGUUCAGAAAUGGGAAGAUAAAGAGACAACCCUGGUCCGUGAAAUCAGUGGCAACAAUCUCACAUUGACACUGACAAUGGGCGACAUCGUCUCCACUCGACACUAUGUGAAGGGAGAAUAAAGGGAAACUUCUGUUACAACCUGUCCUCUAUCCCUGACAGCAUAUUGUCAACAGUUAUGUACAUUUCCAACGGUUUUCGUCCCUUUCUUUUGCACCGUUCCUGAAAGAAUAAAAUUCCAACUUCGUACCUCCAGAUGUCUUAAUGGUUGCUUUUCUUGGGUGUGUGAUAUGCCACUACAGUGUUAACAUCUACAUCUUUGUUCUGCAAUAAAUGUGACAUUUGCUCCAAA